AUGACCAGCAAGACAGCCAACGGACAGUCUGACGGACCGUCUGCCAAGAGGGCCAGGCUGGACCAGGACGGAGAGGAGGAGAGCCAGCCGUCUCCUGCCACUCUCAGUAAGGUUGAAGACCUCCUGCAGCCUUUUCGCUUGUCGGUGGAGAAACUUCGGGAGGUAAUGUCCCGUCUAAGGAAGGACAUCAUCCGAGGGCUGGGCAAACACACGCACAAACGGGCCCCUGUGAAGAUGCUGCCCACGUUCGUGAGGGACACUCCCGACGGAACAGAGAAAGGCGACUUCUUGGCGCUGGAUUUGGGCGGCACUAAUUUCCGAGUGCUCCACGUGCGUGUGGAGGAGGACCUGCAGAAAAUGGUGAAGAUGGACAGCAAGGUCUGUGCCAUCCCACAGGAGAUCAUGCUGGGCACUGGAGAACAGUUGUUUGAUCAUAUAGCUGUGUGUCUUGCUGAGUUUCUGGAGUCUCUGGAGCUCAAAGAUCAGUCUCUUCCUUUGGGCUUCACUUUCUCCUUCCCCUGUGACCAGAAGGACAUCGACAAGAGUAUUUUAAUCCGUUGGACGAAAGGGUUCGCUUGUUCGGGCGUCGAAGGAGAGGACGUCGUGAGGUUACUGCGAGAGGCCAUUAAGAGGAGAGGGGAUUAUGACAUCGGAUCGGUCGCCAUGGUGAACGACACCGUGGGAACGAUGAUGAGCUGCGGCUACAGGGACCAGAGGUGUGAGAUCGGCAUGAUCGUGGGGACGGGGACGAACGCCUGUUACAUGGAGGAGAUGAAGAACGUGAAGAGGGUGGAGGGAGACGAGGGAAGAAUGUGCAUCAACACCGAGUGGGGUGGCUUCGGCGACGACGGGUCGCUCCGCGACAUCCAGACCGAAUUCGACGUCACCGUGGACAAGGAGUCCAUCAACCCGGGGGUCCACACGUUUGAGAAGAUGAUUAGUGGGAUGUACCUGGGCGAGAUUGUGCGACUGGUCCUGAUCAAACUGGCCCAGGACAAACUCCUGUUUGGAGGAGAGACGUCUGAGGCCCUCCUCACACCCGAAAGCUUUGAGACCAGAUACAUCUCAGAGAUAGAGGAGGAAGGCACGGGUUUGGAGAGGGCGCGGGAGAUUCUGACGGACCUGGGUUUGACGGUGGGCCCAGGGGACUGUGAGAUUGUUCACCUGGUCUGUGACACUCUUUCCACACGCUCGGCACAGCUCUGUGGAGCCGCCCUGGCCGCCAUCACCAACCGCAUGCGGGUCACCCGCGGCCUGGAACGCUUCCAGACCACCGUCGGCGUGGACGGUACCGUCUACCUCAAACACCCACAUUACAGCGAGCGGCUGGAGGAUACGGUUCGGCUUUUGGCUCCAAAGUGUGACAUCUCCUUCCUCGUCUCCGAGGACGGCAGCGGAAAGGGCGCCGCCAUGGUAACGGCUGUUGCUCAGAGACUGGCCAUUCACUCCACGCUGCUGGAGGACAGGGGCAGCAAGUAA